AGUCACUGCGCAGUCAUUUUGGUAUCUAUACAUUAUUGACGUCCGUUUACUGGACGAUUGUCGCGCCAUUCUAUUAUCUGCAUGACUUAAAUGGACCUUUCUUGAAUCCUCCUCCAAAUACGCCGAACAUGGGCAAACAACUUUAGAUGGUGUGCCUUCUUCUGACGCUGUUGAACACGCCUGAUAUCCGUUCUACUAACACUCAGGAUAUUUCGUACUUCAUAGAAAAGUUCUUGAUUCUGACGAUGCAUAAGGAGGUGGUUUCGUGGUGAGCUGAGGAGUUCGCGGACUUCUUCGAAUAAUUCGACUCGGUCUUGGUGAUCUAUCAUAGUUAGCAGAAUUUUGACCUGUCUGAAGGAUAUACUAACCGCUUUCUUUGAAUUCCUUUCGAAUGCUUUCUUCGUCCAUCUUGAAUUGUCCAAAUAGGUCACAAGAGGAACAAUGCAAGCUCGAGGCCAAUGUGUUGUCUACAAGUUUGUGCCGAAACAAGCAGGGCGGAGGCGAGCCCGUACGGUUUCAACGGUCUCAUCUCUUUGCUAAGCAGUCUGGUUACGAUUAUUCGCUCCUCGAGAUCUUGAGAAAUCUUAGCUCUGCAGGCUACGUACUGCUACGUAAUAGCCAAGAUCAGGCAGGGUACAUACAUGCACCAUCCUAGAGAGACUAGCAGGGUAUAGGCCCCUGGCCCUCGUAAGGAUGAUGCUGUUCCCCGAUUGGACUUGAUGGGGCUAAUCACUAUUCCCUAGCUAACAGGUACUUCUUUUUAUCCAUCCACCCUAUCCAUCCAUCCAUCCAUCCAUAUCCAUCCAUCCAUCCAUCCAUCCAUCCAUCCAUCCAUCCAUCCAUCCAUCCAUCCAUCCAUCCAUCCAUCCAUCCAUCCACCCAUCCAUCCAUCCAUCCAUCCAUCCAUCCAUCCAUCCAUCCAUAUCCAUCCAUCCAUCCAAUAAUUCAACCAAUGUUAUCUAGUGAUGUCUGAGAGCUUGUCGGCUCGGCCUCGGCUCGGCUCGGCUCGGCUCACUGUAUCCUAGUUAGUUUAAAACUAGAAAUUAAGCAAUGACGACGCGUCUUACUGAUUACAUAAGGCUGAUUCACGUGGUUAUGCGGGGUUUAUUAGCUCUUGCCGAUAAGGACAGCAUCUGUUUGUACGAUAGUAACAACAAUGGCGUCUGAGACUUGCUUCUUCACUAGGGAGCCCUCUAGUCGCCCCUCUUUGAACUUCUGGCAACCUGACGGCCCUCUUUUUAGCUGGGUGGACUUUUUGCACAUUUCUACAUUAACAGACGAGUUCUUGAAUCAACUCUUGUUGGAGUGCCAUUAUGCACAGGUGACCUUACAGAAGGAGUUUAACAGGCGGUGCGUACAAGAGCCAAUGGUAACGAGCCACAAACAAAAGCCAGAGAAAACGGGCCACGCACUUUACAAGGCCUUCAAUCGAAACUCAUCCUCGGCCUUAUUGAACCAACCCGAAUGGCUUAUUGUCCGGCUGACCGGUAGCUUUUCCCCUGUAUGUAAUGAGGAACGCCUAUCCGUCUUUGAAAAGGCUAGCUUGGUCAGUCUUGCGAUAAACCAAGCCAGCUAUCCAGGACCAGAUCCCGCCCACUUGAAGUUGACAGCACUUAACACUGUUAACUCCACCUCUACUGCCGUAUUUCCCAGAUCCUCUCAAAAGGACCGCCUAGCUCUACUCACUUUCUUUGCGGCAAACGACGUCCCAGACUGCCUUUUUUCAACCGCAAGUUUUCGCUGGUCAGAGGACGGCGAAAUAGAGUUUAAGGAGGUUUCAUUGCCAAAAUUCGUCAAACUUCUCAAAGAGAAACACAUCCUUCACCCAGUCUCUAAAGCUGCAGUGAAUCGACACCAGAACGAGAUCUGGAAGGCAGAAGUCAUAGAGCAUGUUUGUCAGAUUUUCCCUAAGGAUGGUCAUAUAGCGCCCACCAACUACACGCAAAUGGGAUACGCCCUUCUGCCGAUCCUUCGCCAUGUUGCAGACUACUUGUACAGUAAUAGCAUGUGGACGAAUUGGGACGACGCAAAGCUAUCGACCGCUUUCGAAGCAUUUUUGUCCGCAACACAUUUCGGCGAUUUGUCCUGGAAACUUCAAGCCAUACGGGUUUCUGAAGAGUUGGCACUCUUGAGCAACGAUCACGUCAGCCGAGCAAGAGUUGAGAUUCGCCAUUUGGCGUUGAGGAGGCUUUUCCCCCAUGCCCUGACAGAACAACAGACAUUGAGGGGGGCGUCAAUGGAGAAUGCCCCAACACAUCAGCAGACAUACAGAGGGCCUCGCCACAAUCUCCCUCGUAGAUUCGCAACCAACAAGCGUUCAAAUGCCUUUCUAGGUCAGCUUGAAUUGUUUGAGGUCCAAACCUUGAUCGAUGACAAAGCUAGCUCAGAAAAGGUACUCAGAGCAAUUCAAAGAUUUCAACCAUUCGACAAGGACAACCUGUCUCUCCAAGAGAAUCUUGUCUUACUGGAACUGCGCUUCCUGUAUGCGAAAAGUCUGCGGUAUUGGGGCAAAAUCGAAGAGGCACACAUACAAUUCCAACCACUCCUCGACCCGGCACCGCGUCGGAACAGCAUCAUCCAAGAUACUGGAAAAGACGGUUGGCACUCAAUUGCACUACAACAACCGGCAACACGUCGACUCACGCUGAAAAUUGCCAUUCAAUAUGCUGAACUUCAAAGCGAAAGACGCCGUCAUUCCAUCGCACUGGGUAUGUUAGAGGGAGACCGGCAGAUGGUGGGUUCCCAACAACGACUCGAGCUGGGAGCCGGACGGCGGCUGACCCUAGCACUUGCAAACGCAAGACUUAUUCAAGUCGUUGACAGUAUGCAACGGGGCGGAGGCUACGACAAUGUCGCUUUAGCAAAGGCUGCGGAAUCUUUCAGAUGGCUGGAGAGUACGUAUGCGGGCCUGGGGCAGGUUGGGCUGCUGAUGAAGCAAAGUGCCUUCCAAGCAUCUUGCGGUUUAGCAAUGGUUCAUCACCUCGCCGAGGAUUUGUCAUGUGCAUUCGAACUGUGGGAGAAGGCCAAGUCAGCUGCCAGACAAUGUUGGGAAACGCCGGGAUUUGCAUGA